GAGAAGAUUCAAUCAUUUCCUCUUUUGUCUUUUGUUUUUUGCGAGUGCCUAACUUGUUGAUGUAAGGGAAAUAAAAUAUUAUCAAUUUAUCAAUAUAUCCACCUAGCUAAAUACUUCAACUUCGACAUCACUGAGCAUAUACCCUCCUCCUCCUCUCACUCCUCCUUCCACAGUCCACAGACCUCAUCUUUUGCGUAACCUCUCUUAGAGCAAGCCACACAUCCCACAUCUACCCACCUCGCAGGAGUUUUACGCUGUAAGUUGCUAAACAAAGCAUCCUCUUCUGUUCUCCUACUGGUCCGGCAAGACCCUUGUCCUCAAACUUACCCAUUACCAUCUUGUCAACACGUCUGGAGAAAUACUUUGACUAACAGGUCAGGUCAAACAGUCAAAUACAGCUCCGCCCCUUCACAAUCCUUUACUUUGUCGAACACCAUAUCACAAACCUUUUUGCGCUCCUCUAUCUAUUCUCAUCUCACCAGGAACAUUCAUUACAUCAAACUCAAAUUCCAAAAUUGACUACUCUUCCGCCGAAACACGUCUGCCCCACUAUUUACUGCCCCUCGUUCGAACUUGCUCUUAGACGCAGACUGAAGCUCUUAAGCUACCGUACACACAAAGCACAUAGCUCAUGGUUGUGCAAUUAUCAGUUUUCAAAAUAUUCUAUACUGAAUUCCAUUCUGCUGCUCCAUUUUUGAAGGUCUCUUCUGAACAUUCAUCAUGACAGUCUUUGUGGUCUCUCUGUGAGUUUUUUCUGUUCUUUUCCUUCUAUCAAACAUUUGGUUGCUGGGCAGCCUCAUGUUAUACUAUUUAUUUUCUUCGAGCUUCGCAUCACAGCUACAGCAAACCACCGGUUUGUAGCUUCAAGCAUAUCUCCAGAGAUCUGCAUUUUGUUGUUUAAUAUAGCAGGCGUAGGAAUCGGAGACUUCUUUUCUGCUGCGGGAUUUCAUCAUGAUAAAAGCUGAUGUAUCUCCUUUCCUCAUAGUUUUCUCCCAAACACCAUCAACUUCAAACUCCCUUCAACCAAUUCUCGUCCCCCGACCAGAGGAUCCAAUAUCCACCCAGAUCCCAAGUCCAAUGCUUUUCGCUCGGGACGUCUAGGUGCCGCUAGAAAGACUACCACCAAAAUCGAUACUACCGGCAAGCCUAGUCUUUUCGGUCAUCAGAAGGAUAUCACACCCCCAGCAACACCAAUACACGAUGUCGACCACGAACAAUUUUUUGCUCAAACCGAUAUACCAGAGCUAAAAACCAUACAAGAGAAUCAGCUCUCCGUGGUCGCGCCCAGCGACCCUCAUUCACCGGCAUGGGGUGCGGGAAAGACGUUCAACCAACCACGAUCUCGGGCUAGUUCUCCCCCUCCCGCAGAUAUCCUCAAGCACAAUAAGAUGAAGGAGAAGGCAGAACUUCUUGGAAGCGCUGGAAUUCGCCAACCACAAUACAAACGGAGUGAUAGCCAUGAUAGAGUUUUCGCAAAUGCCGAAUGGGAAGUUGAACCAGCCGAGCAAGGUAACGGAGGUCUAAGAAAUGCCGUUCAAGCUGCAGUUAGAAGUGGAAAUCUUGAGGAUAAGAUCUGGGUUGGUACACUAGGAAUGCCCACUGAUGCUCUCGAACGUCGACAAAGGCAGGAUAUCGACGAUCGCAUGGCUACAGAGUACGAUUCCGCAACUGUUUUUUGUAAAGACAGCGAUUUUGAUGGUCAUUACACACACUACUGCAAGCAAAUCUUGUGGCCAGUCUUCCAUUACCAAAUACCGGAUAACCCUAAAAGCAAGGCUUAUGAAGAUCACUCUUGGAUUUACUAUGUUAAAGUAAAUCAAGCUUUUGCGGACAAAAUCGUCAAGGAAUGGAAGAGAGGUGAUGUGAUUUGGAUCCAUGACUACCAUCUCCUAUUGGUACCUUCAAUGAUCCGUAAGAAGCUUCCUGAUGCCAAAAUUGGAUUCUUCCUUCAUGUAGCAUUUCCAUCCUCGGAAGUUUUCCGAUGCCUGGCCGUUCGUAAGGAGUUACUUGAGGGUAUGUUGGGAGCAAAUCUCAUUGGAUUCCAAAUUCAAGAGUAUGCACGACACUUCUUGCAAACCUGCAGCCGUAUUUUAAUGGUGGAAGCCACAAAUGAUGGUAUCCAACUUGAGGAUCGAUUCAUCGAUGUUAUUAAUCUCGCAAUUGGAAUUGAUCCUGUUGCUCUGGAUAUGAAUCGCGCAGAUCCUAAAGCUACUCAUUGGUUGAACACGAUGCAGGAAAGAUAUCGUGGUAAGAAGCUCAUUGUGGCACGAGACAAGUUAGAUCAUGUCCGAGGUGUACGACCUAAGCUUUUGGUAAGUUUUCAGUUAUUGUAUCCUGGACUUCUAAAGACUUUUUCAAUAAGACAAAUUGUGAUCAGUCCUAACUGACAAGUACUAAUCUUUUUUAUUUCAUAGGCGUAUGAGCUUUUUCUCAAUAAAUAUCCUGAAUGGAGAGACAAAGUUGUUCUUAUUCAGGUAGCAACGUCUACCACAGAAAAUUCCGAACUUGAUGCCACCGUUUCAGAUAUUGUUACUAGAAUUAACUCCUCAUGGGCCAAUCUUGCUUAUCAACCAGUCGUCUAUCUCAAACAAGAUAUCAUCUACCCUCAAUAUUUGGCUCUUCUCACAGUCGCUGAUGCUCUAAUGAUCGCUAGUCAGCGUGAAGGAAUGAAUUUAACAUGUCAUGAAUAUUUGUUUUGUCAAGAUGGCAAGUUCGAAGGUCACAACAAGCAUGGAUCUCUUAUUCUCAGUGAAUUCACUGGUAGUUCUUCCAUCUUUGGUGGCAAUGAACUUUCUGUGAAUCCAUGGGAUUAUCGUCAAUGCGCUGAUGCAAUUAAACAAGCCUUGGAAAUGCAGGACGAAGAAAAAGAAGAACGAUUCAAAAAGCUUCAUGCAGCUGUCAUGCACCAUACUGGAGAGCAUUGGUUUAAUGAAUUUCUCAAUCGUCUUGACAAGGCCUAUGAAGAACAGCAUAAGAGAGAUACCACAGCUGUUCCACGUCUCUCUAUUAAUAUGCUUGGUCAAAAGUAUCAGAAAUCUGAGCGGAGACUUUUCAUCAUUGAUUAUGAAGGGACUUUGGCAUCAUGGGGAUCGCCAAGCAGUAUCAUCUUAACAAGCCCACAAGUAAGUAAUAUUUAUAUCCCUUGACAUUGAGUGAAGGCUAACAGUAUAUAGCGCACAAUCGAUACUCUUAAUGAUCUCCUUCAAGAUGAAAGAAACACAGUAUAUGUAAUGUCUAGUAGACAACCGGAAGAACUCGAUCGUUUAUUCAAAAGAGUACCACGCCUUGGUCUAAUUGCUGAAAAUGGAUGUUUCCUCAAACAAUUUGGUACUUCAGAUUGGAUUGAAAUGGCUGAUCCUGAGAAGAUGCGAGCAUGGAAAGAUUCGGUAGAAGGCAUCAUGGCAUAUUAUACCGAACGAACACCAGGAUCAUGGAUUGAGACGAGGCAUUGUAGUUUGAUCUUCCAUUACAAGAACGCAGAAGAUUUCGAAACUGCAACUCGACAAGCCGGCGAUUGUGCAAGUCACAUUAAUGAUGCAUGUGAGGAACAAAGAGUUAGGGCAAUUCCUGUCGAAGGUAUGUGUUACUGGUUUUGUACGUUGCAAGAAAACUUACUAACAUCAUUUAUAGGAGCUGUAACAGUUGAACCGAUUGAUUGGUCAAAGGGUACAGCUGCCAUGAAAAUAUUCGAAGGCCUUGCGAAAGAAAUGUCACCAGAUGCUGAACAUACUUCUCCUGUUGAUUUCUUACUAGUGAUAGGUGAUGGUAGAGAUGAUGAGGUGAUAUUUCGAUGGGCCAAUGAUUUAGGUAGAGAAAAGAAGGUUAACAGUGUUACAACUGUUAGCUUGGGCAGUAGGAAUACUGAAGCUGGGUAUACCCUUACACAAGGAGUUACUGGUAUGUAUCCUUCAAUGGUGUUUCUGAAAGUGGGUACUAACAUUCAUCUAGGUGUCUUAACAGCUUUACAAAAGCUCGCCCAGUUAUCUUAGAAUGUUUUUUAUUAAUUAUUAUUAUAUUUCUAUAAAUGAGAGCCGGAGAGGCAAUGGUUAUUUUAUUGGCAAGGAUACAUUGCGAUGAUGAUCUAGAUGAUUUUUUUUCUAUGAAUGGUUAAUCACAAGGUGACAGGCAUAGCGAGGGCGUAUUUUUUUAUGUUUUUUAGCUUUUUCUGUUGGGCUUUUUCGCUUUGGGAUUGAAGGGAAGGAGGGAAGGAAGGAAGGAAUUAGAAUGAAGUAUACGUUUAAUUGAUGCUUGGGAUUAUUUAUUAAGAAAUAUAUUACAUUAUUUGAUUU